UUUGAGAAUUACAACAUUUGUGUCUUCAUUUUUCCUUCCUAAUGUAGCAAAUAUAUGCUUGAGAUGUUCAUCUUUGAGUUUAGUAAGUAGGUUGGAAUUGGGAUCUAUGAAAUCUGCAGAGGUAUUAGGUGGGUGGUAUUAGUUUGAUUUACUUUGUAAUUAUUUUUGUAAAAUUAUGAGAGCUGUUUAUAUAUUUAUCUCUUUGAAAAUAUCUUGAUAUUUGUUGUGCUGUUAGUAAUAUGUAUAUUAUAAUGAUGUCAAUGCUUCUUCGUUUUUUUUGGAAGGAAAAAAAAGUUGAUUCUUUUGAACUUAUUGAAGUAGUUUUUAUUGAUUAUGUUUGAAAGCUUUCAACUUUGUUGAUCUAGUGAAGGAAUAUGAGGUGAAAUGUGUUCUACAAACACAUGGGGUUCUCAGGCGCCAACUGAAACUAUGUCUACAGAAUGGACAGAUGAGAAACACAGUAUGUACCUAAAAUCUAUGGAAGCAUCGUUUGUUAACCAGUUGUAUAACUCCAUGGAUUCGCGUGGUCGGCACACACAUAAGGGAAACUUGUCUCAUAUAAAAUCAUCCAAGCAACCCCAAUUCAAUUCUCGUGCUGCUUCAGGCCAGUUUAAGGUACUUCGAGCUGGCUGCUGGCAGAAAAUCAAUUUUGGAAGAGGUGAAGCUGAGUCAGAUUGUGGUGAACUUCUCGCGAAUCCAUGGAUCCUGCAUUUUAGAUCCACCAGCAAGCCAAAAGAUGUUGAAUCUCCUGUUGUCCAAGAACAGGCUGGGGCUAUAUAUGAAGAAGUUGAUUCAAUUUCUAAGAAAGAAAUUACUUCGGCACCAGCUACUUGUUUGAAGCAGUCUAAUCACUUUAAUGUAUCUCUUUCUCAUAUGAUGCAUCAGGAUAUGGUUGGCGGCAAUACAGAGGUGUCCGACCAGAACUUCGCUGAUGAAGAUAUCAAAGAGGAAAAGGCCAUUGCUUCAUGCAACUCUAAGAGGAUGAAAAAUCUUGUACUUCAAGCCUCAAGUAACGACCAGGUUGUUCCAUACCAAAAGCCUGCUGAUACCGAAGAUAGGUGAGUAAGAGCUAUAUAUCUGCAGCUUCAUGGCAGAAGGCUCGUGAAAUGGAAGCGGAUGGAUUUUCUGGUUACCUUCUAACGUAGUAUGACACUGGUGACCAAGUUUUGAGGUGAUGCCUGCGUGUUACAGUCUAUAUAUCAGAGAGAGAUGGAGAAAGAUUCAAUCAAGGAAUAUGUUCAUAUUUUGUGGGUGUAAAUGGGGCUGGCUGCAGGAUAAUGGGGCGGCUGAAUUGUUCUGUUAUUACGCAGUACAGAUUGUAGAGUUUAGUAUCAGUAAUGUUUUGAUUAAAACAAUUUAGUGUCUCAUUUUCAGAUACCGGAGUUUAGAAAUUUCUGCUGAUUCAGAUUGAUUUGUUGGAUAUAUCUUGCAGUCAGGAACUCAGGAUGACACAAUUGUAAUACUGAUUUUCUGGAUAGCCAUAACA